AUGGAUGACUCUGUUGAUCAAGUAACAGCUGGCCUGGAUACCCUACAUAUGCCUCCUAUGGAUGGCACGCCAUUACCGUCAACGGGUCCAACGCCGUAUGGCACAGAUCUGUAUACAACGCCUAUUAUGACUACAGCUAUGGCAACACCACAUGCUGUUAGCGUCCCAAUAUCUCCGGCCAAUAUGAUGGGCUGGAAUCCCGCAUUAACGACGGUUCCUGUGGUCAUGGCUAUGCCAAGCACACCAACCCAUAUGCAGAUGGCUCCUGCGUAUGGAGGCUAUGCACCAUCUACCCCAACAGCUAUGCCAGCCGAUUAUUCAGCUAUGGGUAUGGGUACCAUGAGUCCUGCAGCACCGGGUAUGGUGCCAGUGGGACGCACAGUCUAUGUCGGCAACAUACCGUCUGACGCCGCGGUCAAUGAACUACUCGAUCUUGUUCAUUUCGGCCCCAUUGAAAACGUACGGCUGCUGCCGGAAAAGAAUUGCGCAUUUAUAUCUUUCCUUACGGGACAAGUGGCAGCCGCAUUUCAUGCUGAUUCCUCGGUGAAGCAUGUCUCGUUGCACAACCAGGAAUUGAAAAUUGGAUGGGGAAAGCCAUCCGUACCACCACCCGCUGUUGUGUAUGCAGUGCAGCACCAACAAGCGUCGCGCAACGUCUAUAUUGGGCAACUGGAGGAGAAUGAGACUGAAUCGACACUGAGAGAUAAGCUCAUCCGGUUCGGGCCCAUCGACCAAGUAAAGAUCGUUCGCGAACAAAACAUUGGAUUUGCACAUUUCUUAUCUAUUCAAACAGCCAUGAAGGUGGUGUCUGUUCUGCAAAAUGAUCCGGCUUGGAGUCAGCACCGCAUUAAUUACGGAAAAGACCGGUGCGCCUAUGUCCCCAAAGGACAACAGCAGAUCCAGGCGCACAACCACCAAGCCGCUGCUAUGGGAUUGGCGACUGCUACCUGGCUUGGGUAUCCGACAGGCUAUGUGAAUUACAACCAAGCACCCUUCUUUCGAAAUGAGGAGGCAGACUCGAACGACACCGAUUCGUCGUCCCGGUCGCAGACUCAGUCACUUGGAAAUGUUGAACCGCAACUGCAUCAAUUUGGGAAUCGCACAGUGUAUCUGGGCAAUUUGCAUCCAGAUACCACCGCAGAAGACAUUUGCAACCAUGUCCGAGGAGGUAUUCUCCAAGCUAUUCGGUAUAUGCCCGAUCGGCACAUCGCUUUUGUCACAUUUGUGGACCAUAAUGCAGCACUGACGUUCUAUCAUAUGGCGUUAGUGACAGGUAUUACUGUGCAUAACCGAAGGCUAAAAGUGGGAUGGGGAAAACACACGGGACCCCUGAGUCCCGGGCUCGCAUUAGCAGUGCAAGCAGGUGCAUCGCGUAACGUGUAUAUCGGGAAUAUUAACGAUCCUGCUUUGAUGGAUGAGGAGAAAAUUCGCGCAGAUUUAUCGGAGUAUGGUGAGUUGGAGAUGGUAAAUACAUUACCUGAACGAAAUUGCGCAUUUGCCAAUUUCACCAACAUUCAAUCUGCUAUUAAGUGUAUUGAAGGUCUAAAGUAUAAUAAGGAUUACCAGUCCGUCAAGAUUUCAUUUGGAAAAGACCGGUGUGGUAAUCCACCACGAUACCUAGGCAAACUUGCUCUCAAUCGAAAUCACCAAGGACCUCCUUCUGCACAAGAUUCCAGUUCUUCAGAACGCCGAGAGUCUUCGGAGCUAAGUAAUGGUCAUGCUGAAAAUUCAGAGUAG